GUUAUUUCGUUUGUAUUGUGUGAGAGAGUUGCGCGAAUGCAAAUUGUAAAAUAAGACCGUGAUUGUUUUGUUACGGGUCUUUCCUAUGCUGAUUUGCUCUCUUCCCAUCCACCGCAACAGACCCUGGCCUGCAAGUAUUGGUGCAACAAGUUGCAUAGCGUCCUGGCUUGAUGAUGGGAGAAGAACCUGCGACGAGGCAAGUGUAAUGUUUAGUUGUGGGACAAUGCUAUGCUACAAACAUAAACCGCUAGGCAUAACGAGCUCAUCAUUCAAUCCCAGUUCACUUGUUUCUAGUUUCGAUAUUGUUGCAACCAUAGACACUAUAUAACACUGUCUGCUUGCCUUAGAAAUGCCGUGACAAUAACUGGUAGGGUUGGCUAGAGUAGAAAGGGAGGAAAGUGGUGUUUUUAUUUUGUACAAAUGAACGGCCUUGGGACAUUCUGUUGUAGAGAGCCAGAGAUGUCUGACGCUGGCUCAGACGAGGAGUUGGCGCUUCCCGCACGGAUGGAGGAGGGGAGUCACAACGGGAGUAUCAGAAAGGGUUGUGAUCCGUGCUCCCAGACCCAGCGCAGUAAGCUGCAGCACCGUAGAGCUCGUAUCAACCAGCAGAUCAACAAGGAGAUGAGGAUGAGGGCUGGGGCUGAGAACCUCUUCAGAGCCACCACUAACCACAAGGUAAAGGAGACUGUGGCUCUAGAGCUGAGCUUUGUCAACUCUAACCUGCAGCUACUGAAGGAAGAGCUAGAGGAACUCAACAGCAAUAUGGAGGUCUACCAGACCGAGAGUGAAGCCAUCAAUGUUCCCAUGAUCCCACUGGGUCUGAAGGAGACCAAGGAAGUGGACCUCACUGUCCCUCUCAAGGACGUUAUCUGUGAGCAUUAUGGAGAGGACAGCUCUUUGUUUGAGAAGGAGAUCAAGGAGUUUAUGGAGCUCAGACAGGCCAUGCGUACCCCCAGUCGUAAUGAAGCCGGUUUGGAGCUUCUGAUGGAGUAUUAUAACCAGCUGUACUACCUGGACCAGAGGUUCUUCCCCCCACACAGAACACUAGGAGUCCACUUCCACUGGUAUGACUCUCUAACAGGUGUGCCGUCGUGCCAGCGUGCGUUGGCGUUUGAGAAGGGCAGUGUGCUGUUCAACGUGGGGGCUCUCUACACGCAGAUAGGAGCCAGACAGGACCGCUCUGCUACAGCUGGCAUAGACCGGGCUAUAGACGCCUUCCAGAGAGCUGCAGGUGCAUUUAACUACCUGAAGGAGAACUUCUCCAAUGCUCCCAGUCUGGAUAUGAGUGGCCCGUCACUAUGCAUGCUGGUCCGCCUGAUGAUUGCCCAGGUGCAGGAGUGUGUGUUCGAAAGAGUCACACUCACAACUCCGGACACGCACUUCAUCACCAAGCUACAAGUGGCAAAGGAGGCCGCACGGGUAUCUGAUGUGUAUAGCUUGGUGCUCCAGACCAUGUCUCAGACCCUUGUGAAGGACUAUGUCCCGUUCUCCUGGGCCUCCAUGGUUCAAGUGAAAGCCGAACACUUUAGAGCCCUCUCCCACUACAAUGCUGCUGUCGCUCUCUGUGACCACACCCAGUCCAUUGAGGAAGGGGGUGACGAAGAGUCGGCGAAGGCUCUCUUCCAGUUCCAUGUCAGUAGUCCUGCUGGACCCCCACUCAGCCAGGUGCUCAGAGACCCUGAGGACCGACGCAAACUGGGGAAGGCCCACCUGCGUUGUGCAGUGAUCAGACAUGAGGAGGCUAUGAGAGUACAUGGUCUAUGUAAGAUCCUGAGGAAGAUGGAUAUUCUACAGGAGGUGCUCUCUUUCAUGUACAAACGCUCCCUGGACAAAUACUCAGAGAUGGACCGAGAGGAUGACUUUGAUGAGACCGCAGAGGCCCCCGAGAUACACUCUCAAACCCAGCACAAACCAGACAUCACACCACCCAACUUCUCCACUGUCCCAGUCACUGACAUCUUCCAAAGGCUGGGUCCCCUGACAGUGUUCUGUGCGAGGGCACGCUGGGGGCCGGUGCGUGUGGUGAGUCUCCAGCGAGGGGACGGGGGUUUGGGGCUGACUCUUAGAGGAGACUCUCCUGUCCUUGUGGCUGGGGUGGUGCCGGGGGGAUGUGCCCAGGAGGCAGGUUUGAGGGAGGGGGACUAUAUAGUGGCGGUGGAUGGAGAGGACUUUAAGUGGGCUAAACAUGGAGAGGUGGUCCACAUCCUGAAGAGCUGCAGUGACAGAGGAAUACAACUCAGCAUCAUCACACUGCACACACACGAUACACAGGUGGAUAGGAGGCAAGUGAUGCUCUCCCCCAGUGGAGACGAAGCGAACGCUCUGCAACGGACCACAGGCAGGGCUAAGGGGCAGCGCACCGCCCCCUUACUCAACUGGAACAGGAAGAAGACUGGGGGAGGAGGCAGAGCCACCAAGAGACUGGGCAGCACCUUCAGUCUGCCGUUUGGAAACUUUCGGGACUGUGAGUCCAUGUACUGAGGGCACAGCAGACACGUUAGUCUAUUCCAUACAGUGCACUACCAGCCAAUUGUAGUGCACUAGAGAAUAGGGUGCCAUUUCAGACAGUGCCAUAGAUAGACAAACCACUCAGGGAAUGACAGGUGGACAUGUUACAAUACAAGGAUGUUUUGUAAAUGACUGGAUAUUAAAUGUGUUAUUGCAGCAGGGCAAGGAGAGGAAGAGGAGGUUCGUAGGAAAGGAUGCUUGGUCCAGAUUACAGCAGUUUCAACUGCAGAGAAACAACAGUUUUAGAAAGCAGGUGACUGCAUGUAUCUGUCGCUGAGGGAGUUAAGACAUGGAAAUCCUGUCCCAAAAUGGGCUAAAUGUUGGGGCUCAGUGUUAUUGUCGCUUACUAUUAUAGAGAUGGAAGAAGACUUCAUGUCAAACUACAGCCGCUGAUCCAAAGACCACAUGUGUUAAUCAGUGAAAAUAUAGUUGUAUAAACACUGAUCACCUUUCGUGGAGAAUAAUAAUGCUUUGUAUACUUUCAAUGCAUUUUUUUCUGCAAAAGCUGGGUAAAUGCUCCCAUAAACAAAAGCUGGGUAAAUGCUCCCAUAAACAAAAGCUGGGUAAAUGCUCCCAUAAACAAAAGCUGGGUAAAUGCUCCCAUAAACAAAAGGUGCACAAACAGCUUUUACAUUUUUUGCAUUUACCCUCCACUACACCACUGGUCUUAAUGUUAAAAACAUGUUUUACUGUAUCCCAGAGUCCUGCUUUCCCACUCCAGUUCUAACAAGGUCACUCAACUCUCAACAGUAAAAACAACAAGGACAUCCAUUCAGGACCUGGGUUGAGCCCUCACUUCCUCAAAUUAGAGCAUUGUGCAGCAGAGAAUGUAUAGCUGUAGCCAUAGCACUGCAUUCCAUUCUCCUACCAGUCUUCUAGAGUUGUUGAUGUGAAGUCUUUUGUUUCUGUUUGAUAGUUGAGUACAAAUGACUACCUUCAAAGUACAUCAAUGGUUCUACACUGAGUGGACAAAACAUUAGAAACCCCUGCUUUUUCCAUGAGACUGACCAGGUGAAUCCAGGUGACAGCUGUGAUCACCUGUUAAAUCCACUUCAAUCAGUGUAGAUGAGCUGAGGAGACAGGUUAAAGAAGGACUUUUAAGCCUUGAGACAAUUCACAUGGAUUGUGCUUGUGUGCCAUUUGAGGGUGAACGGGCAAAACAAAAGAUUUUAAGUGCCUUUGAAUGGGGUAUGGUAGUAGGUACCAGGCGCACCGGUUUGAGUGUGUCAAGAACCACUAUAGCUGCUGGGUUUUUCACGCUCAACAGUUUCCCGUGUGUAUCAAGAAUGGUCCACCAGCCAACUUGACACAACUGUGGGACGCAUUGGAGUCACCAGGCCAGCCUCCAGCCACACUUUCAACACCUUGUAAGUCCAUGCUCCAGCGAAUUGAGGCUAUUCUGAGGGCAAAAGGGGGUGCAACUCAAUAUUUUGAAGGUGUUCCUAAUGUUUUUUUCACUCAGUGUGUGUAUUAGUUUUUCUACUGAUGUGUUGUACCACAUUCUUACGCACUGUGACUUCAUAGGUGCAGAAAAACAAAUAUGGUGUAAUUGCAGACCACAAUUUGGGAUGUUUCUUAAUAUGGGUGUUCCCUGCUAUCAGGAAAUGCACAUUGAUACCUGCCAUUGGUCAGUUCCGGUGUUAUGAGACUGAUGGUUUCUCGACACAUUAUUUGUUUACAUAGCAGGUCAGGUGGAUUAGUGAAACAUGUUUGGAGACUGAGGUUAGGAAAAGGGUUAGGCUUCGCUUCAAUGCCACAGAAAUGACCAUGGAUCAAUGGGUGUAACUUUUUCUAUCAAGAAAUAUAUAUAUUGGAAAACGCCCCUAAUGGUGUUCUGCAAUUGCUCUACAUACAGGUAACUGCCAAAAAUAAAGGCAACACCAACAUUAACUGUCUUAAUAGGCUGCUGGGCUACCACGAGAUGCCAGAACAGCUUCAAUGAACCUUGGCAUAGAUUUUACAAGUGUCUGGAACUCUAUUGGAGGAAUGCAGCACUAAUCUUCCUCAAAAUGUUCCAUUUGGUCUUUUGUAGAUGGUGGUGUAAAGCGCUGUCUCAGGCUCUGCUCUAGAAUCUCCCAUAAGUAUUCAAUUGAGUUGACAUCUGGUGACUGAGAUGGCCAUGGCAAAUGGUUUACAUCAUUUUCAUGUUCAUCAAACCAUUCAGUGAUGACUUGUGGACGGGGGCAUUGUCAUCCUAUUGGGGCAAAGACAUGGUAGCCAAAAUAAGGGCCAGUCUAGCAUUUUUAUACAUGACCCAAGUCAUGAUGGGAUGUUAAAUGCUUAAUUAACUCUGGAACCACACUUGUGUGGAAGCACCUGCUUUCAAUAUACUACGGCAUAUGCCUCAUUUACUCAAGUGACUGCCAUUAUUUGGGCAGUUACCUGUAUCUUGUGACGCUGAAAUGGUUUACGUGGUACAUUAGGGGAUAUACGAACUUAGUUGUCCUACUACUGCUCAGACCAACACAGCACACACAUUUUAGAAUAAUGUUUUUUUUAUAAAGACUUUUAUAUGUCUGCUACUAAGUCGUUGAAGAUGAGAAUGGACCGUCUACCAAGUAGAAUCCACCUAUCAAGUUAACUUAGCAGCAUAGACGAAAGAUGAUGCUACAUUUAGCAAGGCCACUUUUUUUUUUUUUACAUUUUCAACAUUUGGACACCCAAAUAGUAUUUUGAUAUUCCAAUAUAUUUAAUGUUAUUUUCAUCUCAAUUAUGAAUUUUAGAUGUGUGUUUCUGAUUUGUGAAAUCUGUCUACUGUGGUGUUUUGGUUGUGUUUUCGUGAUUAUUUUAGAUGUUUUGUUAAUUAAGGGAUUUGUACUGCUUUCUUUUGUUUGAGAACCUGAAAAUCAUGGCUGGCUGCUGAUAAAAUCAACUGUGUGUGUGUGUGUGUGUCUUUUGCAGACUUUUCUCAAUUAAUUAAAGGAGUGGAUCACU